CGCCGCAAGUUUUUUCUCUUCAAGGGUUUGGUGAGGUAGAGGUGAACGAUUAAGUCUUGCGGAACAGAUAGUAGUUGUUUUGCUCUGGUUAUUUUUCUCACUACCCAUCCACCGCAAGAGACCUUGGCCCGUGGACAUUUAUAAUUACAAAAGUAUUGGUCCAACAAGUUGCCUACUAGCGUCCUGGCUUGAUGAGGAUGGCAGAAGAACCUGCGACAAGAGAGCCGGAGAUGUCUGACGCUGGCUCAGACGAGGAGCUGGAGCUUCCCGCACCGAUGAUGGAGCAGGGGAGUCACGACGGGAGUAUCAGAAAGGGUUGUGAUCCCUGUUCCCAGACCCAACGCAGUAAGCUGCAGCACCGUAGAGCUCGUAUCAACCAGCAGAUAAACAAGGAGAUGAGGAUGAGGGCCGGGGCUGAAAACCUCUUCAGAGCCACCACUAACAACAAAGUGAAGGAGACUGUGGCUCUAGAGCUGAGCUUUGUCAACUCCAACCUGCAGCUACUGAAGGAAGAACUGGAGGAGCUCAACAGCAGUAUGGAGGUCUACCAGACAGAGAGUGAAGCCAUCAAUGUUCCCAUGAUCCCACUGGGUCUGAAGGAGACCAAGGAAGUGGACCUCACUGUUCCUCUCAAGGAAUAUAUCUGUGAGCACUACAGGGAGGACAGCUCUCUGUUUGAGAAAGAAAUCAAGGAGUUUAUGGAGCUCAGACAGGCCAUGCGUACCCCCAGUCGUAACGAGGCAGGUUUGGAGCUCCUGGUAGAGUAUUAUAACCAGCUGUACUAUCUGGACCAGAGGUUCUUCCCCCCACACAGAACACUAGGAGUCCACUUCCACUGGUAUGACUCUCUGACAGGUGUGCCGUCAUGCCAGCGUGCAUUGGCAUUUGAGAAGGGAAGUGUGCUGUUCAAUGUGGGAGCUCUCUACACACAGAUAGGAGCCAGACAGGACCGCUCUGCUGCAACUGGCAUAGACAGGGCUAUAGACGCUUUCCAGAGAGCUGCAGGUGCAUUUAACUUCCUGAAGGAGAACUUUUCCAACGCUCCGAGUCUGGAUAUGAGCGGCCCGUCGCUAUGCAUGCUGGUCCGGCUGAUGAUCGCCCAAGUGCAGGAGUGUGUGUUCGAAAGGGUCACACUCACCAUGCAGGACACACACUUCACCUCCCAGCUACAAGUGGCUCAAGAGGCUGCACGAGUAUCAGAUGUGUAUAGCUUGGUGCUCCAGACCAUGUCUCAGCCCUUAGUGAAGGACUAUGUCCCAUUCUCCUGGGCCUCCAUGGUUCAGGUGAAAGCAGAACACUUCAGAGCUCUCUCACACUACUAUGCUGCUGUCGCUCUCUGUGACCGCACACAGUCCAUUGAUGAAGAAGAGUGUGAUGAAGAGGGAGAGAAGGCUCUCCUCCAGCUCCAUGUCAGUAAUCCUGCUGGACCCCCACUCAGCCAGGUGCUCAGAGACCCCGAGGAGAGACGCAAACUGGGUAAGGCCCACCUGCGUCGUGCGUUGAUCAGACAUGAGGAAGCUAUGAGAGUACACGGUCUGUGUAAGAUCUUAAGGAAGAUGGAUAUUCUACAAGAGGUGCUCUCCUUCGUGCACAAACGCUCUUUAGACAAAUACUCUGAGAUGGACCGAGAGGACGACUUCGACGAGACAGCAGAGGCUCCCGAGAUACACUCUCAAACCCAGCAGAAGCCUGAUAUAAUUCCACCCAAUUUCUCCACUGUCCAAGUCACUGACAUCUUCCGAAGGCUGGGUCCCUUGUCAGUGUUCUGUGCCCGGGCGCGCUGGGGGCCGGUGCGUUUGGUGUGUCUCCAGCGAGGGGAGGGGGGUCUGGGGCUAACUCUCAGAGGAGACUCUCCUGUUUUGGUGGCUGGAGUAGUGCCGGGGGGGUGUGCUGAGGAGGCAGGUCUGAGAGAGGGGGACUACAUAGUGGCGGUGGAUGGAGAGAACCGUAAGUGGGCUAAACAUGGAGAGGUGGUCCACAGCCUGAAGAGCUGCAGUGACCGAGGAGUGGAGCUCAGCGUCAUCACACUGCACACACACGACACACAGGUGGAGAGGAGGUCAGUGAUGCUCUCCCCCAGAGGAGACAAAGAGAACGCUUGCCAACGGCCCAUGGGUGGGGCUAAGGCCCAGAGCUCCGUCUCCUUACUCAACUGGAACAGGAAGAAAAACAGGGAAGGGGGAGGAGUCACCAAGAGACUGGGCAGCACCUUCAGUCUGCCAUUUGGAAACCUGGGAGAUGGUGAAUCCAUGUACUGAGAUAGAUGGAGGGCAAGCUGAAAUGGUGCUCGAUUCCAUACAGUGUACUUACAGCCAAAAGUAGUGCACUAGGGAGUAGGGUGCCAUUUCAGACUCUGCUAUAGACAGACAAACCACUCAGGGAAUGGCAAAGGGACAUGUUCCAAUACAAGGAUGAGUUGUAUAUGACUGGAUACUCCUAGAUAUUGUAAUGCAUUAUUGCAGCAAUUGCAAGGAACAUUCCGAAUAGGAGAAUUGUACGAAGAGAAGAGGAGGGGGAUGCUAUGUCCAGAUGCCCAGGGAAACUACAGUGGUUUUAGAAAGCACCCAACUGCAGGUAUAUGUCACUGAAGGGGUUAAGAGCAUCAUGUAAAUUGUCUUAAAAUAGACUAAUAGUUGUGGCCCAGUAUUAUUGUAGCUGACUUACUAUACAGCUAAAGGUCUUUAGAGAGUUGAAAGAAGAUAAACUGGACUUACUGUCAAACUACAGCCUCUGGUCUUAAGACAAUGUUAUCAUGUUGUUUUAAUGUUGAAAACAUGUUGUUUUACUUUACUGUUUACUGUAUCCCAGAGUCUUGCUUUUCCACUCCGGUCUUAAUGAGGUUACUCUCAACAGUAAAAACAACAGUCACACCUACAUCCAUUCAGUACCUGAGCUUAGCUCUUACUUCCUCAAGCUAGAGCAUUGUGAAUCUUAUUUUUUGUUGUUGUAAGAUUUAAUUUUAUUUGAUGUUUAACAAAGCACACAAAUGACAUCACACAAACAUCAACUACAUCACACCUGCCCAGACUUAUUGGCACACACCCCCAUCUCCAUUGCCCGCAUAAUUUUCCGCCACAUGGCCUCAAACUGCAUCAUUGUUUUCUGUGUUAAUGAUGCCGAAUGAAUUGAUUUCCACAUUUUUAAUAUACGUUUUUGCAAAAUGAUUGAUGAGAAAAGAAUCGUCCAGCCCAUUGGGUAUCUCACAACACCCCUAUAUUCCAUGUCUUGAAAUAUGCAUACUUAUAGAUUAAGAGUAACAUCGUAAUAGCUCUGACAGCCCACUUUCUAGCUCCGCCCACAAAAAAGACUGGAUUAUUGAGUCAUUGGAUGCGUUUGUAAAUUCACUCUGGAUAUCUACUCCGAUUUCAGAGCUCUCUGGACUGAGUGCGCCAGAGUGCAGAAUAACUGAUGAAUUUACGAACAUUUCAAUAUGAACGGUGUCAGUAAACAUCAGCAAAAAAAAGUAAUUCAAUUGUUGCCAGCAGCACAGUUACAGUCACCAAUGCUCUAGACAACAUGAAAACACCCUAACCAGCUUUGCCAGGGUGAAUAAAAUGGUCUGAAUGAGGUGUUCUCUCAUUUAUGUCUGGAAGUACAGUAGCUAGCAAGCUAGCCAACUUUAGCCACUUAGCUUGAGUGCUUGACUGCCGUUGUGAGGUCAGAACAUUCGGAUGAACUUUACUCCUCAGCCAGAGCGUCCAGUGUGCGCUCUGAACGCUUCGAGAGCGAAACACUCUGAAUUUGCCAUUAACAGUGGACAAUCUGAUAUCCGUUCUGAAUAUUACCAAUGCCCAGAGCGCACUCUGAGCUCACUCUCUGACACUCCAGAGUGAAUUUAUGAACACACCCAUUAUAGUUUUACACUUCCUGCUGUUGUGCUGUAGAAUUUGUGAAUUCUGUGUCUUGUACUGUAUCAUCAAUUCUAUAGAUAAGUUUAUACUGGGUUAAGCAUACAUUUUCGUUAACUGUAAUUUCAUGAGUUAUGCUCCAACUUUCCCUCCAUCUUGUGCCAACAUCAGUUCUUUUUAGGUCUUGGUUCCAAUAGUUUAUCUUUUUUUUUGAGAGAGAUUGUCAGUUUGAUAUGCUGCUGGCAAGGUUUUGUAUAUCGUCCCUAUCAUAUGAACAUCCUUAUCUGACUCAAAUCAAAUUCCUUCAAGGUUGCUCUGAUGUCCAAAAGAUGUGUAACUUUAAAAUUGCAUGUAUUUGAAACUAUAUUGGUCAGUCCAAAAUUACUUCAAUACUGUCAUGGAAAUAAAUGUAUUCCCUGUUGCCAAGUCAUUUACAGUUUCUAUGAAUUUAGUUUUCCAAUUUAUCUGUGAAUUCUGAAAAGCUAUCCAAGGAUUGUUCCAUAAAGUUGUGUUUUUAUGGAGUGAUAUUGGUUCUUGUAGAAUGUUUCAGUUUAUUCCAUUUUGUUGUAGUGUUCUUAGCUUAAUGCUUUGAAAAUAGACACGUGGGCAGCUUCUUGAAGCACACAGAGUUUACAGCGGUAGCCAUGUUACUGCAUUCUGUGCUCCUACCAGUGUUUUUGAUGUGAAUGUUUUUCUUUGUUUCUCUUUUGUCAUCUUGAUUGUUGGGUACAAAUGACUACCCACAAGGCACUACAAUAGUUAUGUCACAGGAGGUUGAUGGUACCUUAAUUGGGAAGGACAGGCUCGUGGUAAUGGCUGGAGUGGAAUUAGUGGAAUGGUAUCAAACAUAUAGUUUCCAUGUUCCAGACAUUAAUAUGAGCUGUCCUCCCCUCAGCAGCCUCCUGUGUUAUGUGUGUUUUUUUAGUUUUUCUUCUUUAAUUUUGUACGACAUUCUUAUGCACCGGGACUUCAUAGGAGGAGGAGAAACUAACGCUCUACGUAUGUCAUGACACUGAAAUGGUUAACGUGGUAAUAUGCACAUUAGGGGAUUGACUAAAGACUUUUAUAUGUCUGGUACUUAGUAGAGUUGAAUAGGAGAAUGGACAGUCUACCAUGUAGAAACCAGCUAUCAAUGUAACCAUAGAAGCAUAGAGGAGAGCUGACACAAUUGUUAGACACUUUUUUUUUUUUUAUAACAUUUUCAAUAUUUGGAUGCAAACACUAUUUUAAAUUGUAAUCCAUUUGUCUUUUUUUUUUCAAAAUAAUGAUUGAGAUGUGUAUUUCAGAUUGUGAAUUAAGUCUGCCAUUGUGAUCUGUGGUUUCUUGUUUGAGUGAGUGUAAUUGUGUAAAGGGAUUUGUAUUUCUUUUGUUUAUUAUGUGAAAGACUGAUAAUCAUGGCUGGCUGCUCAUAUGAUCAACCAUCAAUUCCUCUUUUGAGGUGUGCUUGUGCGCAUGCACGUGAAUCCUUUUCAUGUGUGUGUUAUUUGUAGAGUAUUUGCACAGAAUUUUGUUGAUGAAUUAAAGGAGUGGAUCAAUG